AUGGAUGGUCAACGAAAUCCGGAGUUGCAGAAGAUCCUUGCAGCCUUGAAUACUUAUGCUCCGCCUCUCUCUAUCCCUCCAGAGGCGAGCGCCUUCAGUACGGACUUGUCCUCCAACGCAAAUUCGCAUGCCUCCGUGCUACCGGGGCUAGACUUGCUUGCUGAUCCAGAGCCCCAGGAGAGGGCAAUCACUCCUCCUCCUGUUCUUCGACAUCAAGCAACGACUCCUCCACAGUUGAAUUGCACUGCUCGAUCAGAAGAUAUCCCGAGUACGUCCUUGACUCCCACGGUGCCAGACGCGUCGACCAUCACUACGUGGCCAGCAGCACUCAAGCACGUUACCCGCCAUCUAGUUCCGAAUGAGCAAGCUUCCCGGCGCCUCAAGCACCUCAUCUCCGAACAGCACAAGCACGAGCGUCAGUGGUGGGCAGGUAGAGAAGGCAUAGUGGCUAGGCAGCAAGGAAGGUCUGGCACUUCACAGCAGGUGGCGGCGCUGUUAAAGUCUUUAGGCGGAAAGGAGGUACCGAUGCCUCCUUCUGACCCUGCGGCAAAUCAAGCUGAGCUAGAGACUUAUGACAAGAAGGUGUAUGCAGGACUUACGGCUAUGGCAUCGGAUUUUGACAGACAGCUGAGAGCCAUUGGUGUGCCGUUCUAUGCCAUCAAGCAUGAUCUGGUGAUCCUCGAAAAAGGCCCCGAGAAGGCUGGGGCACCGAAGGGAAGGAUUGAUAGGGGUGAAUUGCGCGAACUCCAGAAGAGAAUGUUGCAGACUCUAGAGGACUUGUUUGGUGACUGA